UAAUAAUCUUUCCUUUUACUUCUCCCUUCGUCUUUCUCUCUCUUAGUUUCAACGGGCGAGAAUUUUUCGAAACAGAGUAGAUUUUUUCUUCUUUCCUUCUUCAUCAUCUUCUUCUUCUUCGUCUUAAUGUUUCAGAGAAGGGUUUCGUAUUGGGUUUGAAAUUGCUGGUUUGAAGGGAUGAGCUUCAGUUCGAUUCCCGCCACACCUUCACCGGAACAGGAUUUUGGGUUUUGGAGAUAAGUGUAGAAGGAUAUGGCUGAUGUGAAAUUGGAGGAAUGUUGUCUUGAGAAUAAGCAAUCAACAGCCGCGUCAAGUUCCUCUGUCUCCGAAGGCAGUGGUAGCGUCAUUCGCAAGUCCCCCGGAGUAUGUAGCCCAGCAUCUAACUCUCCCUCACAAUGGAGAACCAGUGGCCCUGUUAGACGAGCUAAGGGUGGUUGGACUCCACAGGAGGAUGAAACAUUAAGGAGUGCUGUUGCAGCAUUUAAUGGGAAGAGUUGGAAGAAAAUAGCCGAGUUUUUUAAUGAUAGAUCAGAAGUGCAAUGUUUGCACAGAUGGCAGAAGGUCCUUAAUCCUGAUCUUGUCAAAGGUCCUUGGACUCCAGAGGAGGAUAAAAAAAUUACUGAACUUGUCAGUAAAUAUGGGGCAACAAAAUGGUCAUUGAUAGCCAAGUCUUUGCCUGGUCGUAUUGGAAAACAAUGCCGGGAGAGGUGGCACAAUCAUUUGAAUCCGGAAAUUAGAAAAGAUGCAUGGACAAUAGCUGAGGAAUUAUCUCUCAUGCAUGCCCAUCAGAUACAUGGGAACAAGUGGGCUGAAAUAGCUAAGGUUUUACCUGGAAGGACCGACAAUGCGAUAAAAAAUCACUGGAAUAGCUCCUUGAAGAAAAAGUUAGAUUUCUUUAUCAAUACUGGCAGCCUUCCACCAGUCAGUAAGAGUAACUACCAGAAUGGUCCAAAAGAUAUGAAUAAAUGUCCUUCAACUAAAAAAACACCUGUCUGUUCAAAUAAAGAACUUGAUUCUACUGCUCAUGUAUUGGGUAGUGCAGCAAUGUAUGUGAUAAAUGAAGAUGUCAAUAAUCAGUUAGACUCUUCUGGUGCUCUUUGUAGUAUGCUUGGCUCAUCAAGUGCUCCUCCAAAUGAGUCUGCCGAUUCUGAAGGUACAGAAUCAAAGCCAGUAUCUUCAAAUAUGGAUCCUAGCUGCAGCAAUUCCGAUUCAGUAAUGAAGUUUGAAAGUGGUGGAAUCAACAGGGAGGCAAAUAUUGAGAACUGCUUGAUAAGCAAACAGUCUCAACAUUGUAGCCUCAACAAUGAGGGAAAGUUCGACAAUUGUGGAUUCGACGAGGAAGUGAAAGAAGACAAAGUUGUUGGAACGCCUUCGUCUUCUGGAAGUUUGUUUUUUGGUUCGUUGUGUUAUGAGCCACCACAAUUAGAUGCUUGUAUUCCACUGGAUUCAGAUCUUUCCAGUAUUCACUCCUUGCAGAAUGAGUUCAAUUCUAGUACGUAUUCAUCACCUGGUAGUUGCUUCACUCCUCCUUGUGUGAAGGGCCAGAGUUUCAAUUUGCAGAGUCCCGAAUCAGUCUUAAAAAUGGCUGCCUUGACCUUUCCCAAUACUCCUUCCAUCUUACGAAAGAGAAAGUAUAAAGAGCAAACCCCUUUGCUUCCAAAUAAGAAUAAGAAAGCAGAUCGAGAAUCUAAUGGAGACAUGCUUCUUGAUACUCAGGAACAUGAUGUAACUAAAACUAAUUUGGAAAUGCCUGGUUCUCGAGAUGGGAGUUCAUGCAAGAGUUCAACUUAUCAUGGUAUUAAUUCAGUCUGCCCAAAUGGUAAGGCUUUUAAUGCCUCUCCUCCGUACCGCUUAAGAUCCAAACGUACUGCUGUAUUGAAGUCUGUGGAAAAACAUCUUGAUUUCACGUUUGAAAAAGAAGGACACGAAGGAAAUGUCAAGACCGUAGAAUUCUCAGCGAAAACAAAGAUGGGAGUGACUUAGGGAUUGAAAUUGAUUUGAAGAGACCAGAAUUCUCUUGAACCCAUCCAACAUAUUCGUUCUGGAUUGGUAUCUUAUGCUCCAAUUCUGGAAAAAGAGAGCUGAUAAGAUACAUAGCAUUAUUUUGUAUACUUCAAUUCCCCAAAUCAAGCAUAUUGCAGAUAUCGCCUGUUUUAGUUACACGGGGCCUUUUCUUUAUUCCCCUCAUACCAACAUGACAAAUUUAGUGGCUAUUAGGCUUUCUGUUAUGUGUAGAGGACAGGUACAAAUUAACUGUGAAGAUAGCAGCAUCAACUCAAUUUGUACAGAAAGAGGGGCAGUGAUGCUUGGAAGGAAGAUCUCCAACAUGAAAGCGUAGCUUCUCAUACAUUUUUCAACCUUAAUAAUUCUAUUUCUGACCAAUAUUUUACAGUUAGAAAGUAGAGCUAGUUGCAGUGUAAUGAUGAACUGCUUUUUCUAAGUAACUUAAAAUUCAUGGAUCUUUUUGGUGCAAUUUUUUCCAAUAAAAAUUUGUUCUCUCCUUUCAUGUCUAUAAAA